CCCGGCACGGACAAUGGAGACCGACAUCUUGACACACAAAGGUCCCGCCAUUAUCAUAGAAAGCCACACUGGUUUUUCUUUCUUUCUUUUCUUUCUUUUUGCGCCUGUGUAGUACAGCCAGUCCGGAACGCAAAGAUGGCGGCGGACUUUGGCAUUGGACGGCGCCUUUGUUUGCAUGGCAGACGCUUCAUUGUUGUCAGGCGACGAAUUACCCAUGAAGCCCACUCCAGCAUCCACGAGGACGGGAUUCGGAAUGUGUAUAUCCUAGAUCGUGCGUCCUUUGUCUUGGACUACCCCGAUUCUGGGGCAACAUGCAGGUCGAGAGUAUAUUAUGCCAUUACUUCGAUGGCUAUGGAGGUCAUCUCGACGGAUUGAGAGGGCUGGGAUGAAUCCAAUGACACCGAUUUCCAAACUCCCACGCACCUAGAUCGUGCAUUCAUUCAACUAUCAUAGCCCAUCUUUACCGCCCAAGCCGUCAUGUCGCAACUUGAAUUAAUCCCCCAGCACGAUACCUUCGUGGCCGAGUGCCGCGGUGUGAAUUGGAGCAAGCCAAUCUCCAAGGAAGUCAAGGACCAAGUCCAGAAGGCCAUGGACAAGUAUGGCGUCUUGAUCUUCCGCAACACUGGACUCGAUGACAAGCGUCAUAUCGCCUUUGCUGCUCUCUUCGGAGAGCUCGACGACAUGUCGCCGCAUCUGAAGGUGGGCCGUAAGCUCCGUCUUCCUGAUGUGGAGAUGUUUGAUGUUAGCAACAUCGACCCGGACGACAACCUGAUCACCACCAGCGAUCCAGCACGAAUUGCCAUGAUGAAGGGCAACGCGCUGUGGCACUCCGAUUUGGCGUUCAACUCGAGACGGUCGGGCUAUUCCAUUCUCCGAGGCCAUCAGCUGCCUCCCAAGGGCACCGGCGGCGAUACAGAGUUCCUGGAUGCUCGACAGGCAUACGACGACCUCCCCCAAGAAAUGAAACAGAAAAUCGAUGGCCUCGUGGGCAACAACUCCAUGUGGCACAACCGCAAGCUCGCGGCGCCCGACUACUACAAGGACCUCGAGCCGCUGGACUACCCCAUGUCCAAGCACAAGAUGGUGACCAACCACCCGGCCACGGGCCGCAAGAUGCUCUUCACCCCGACCUACGUGCACCACAUCGACGGCAUGUCGUUCGAGGACUCGCAGGCGCUCGUCAAACAGCUCCUCGACCACGCGUCCCAGCCCAAGUACAUCUGCCGCGUCGAGUGGCUGCAGGACGGCGACAUGAUCAUGUGGGAUAACACGGCCGUCAUGCACCGCGCCGUCUACGACGGGAGCUACUUUGGCAAGUACCGCCGGGACAUGAGGCGGACCACCAGCUUCGACAUGGGACCCGAGGCGCAUGGCUUGAACGACCCCAACAAGACUGUGAGGCAGGGGCUGAACCCGGUCUUGACGGAUAAGAUUGUUGAACCGGAGGUCAAGGUUCCGGCCAUUAAGGCCUGAGGGUCGUGGUGUAGUUUGAGAGGACGAUAGUUUACUUCAGCAUAGCAUACCGUAUUUCUUUUGCGAUAAUCAUCCAUUCCGGGCCGAUUCGUUCCAG